AUGCAGUUUGAUGAAUUUAAUUUUGGUUCCCCCGGUUAUCAGAUAUCCGUGUCCGAAUCUAGCUCCGGCUCGCUCCAGCGCAGCUUGCCAGCGCCAGUGCUUCCCCUAGCACCUACAGUAGGUGGCCGUGUGGUACUCACCUCGAAGAACUGUAAUCAUGACGCCUUCAUCUGGGAAGACAAGGAGAUGGAUCUGCUUUACUUACAGUGCGCAAUGCAACACAUGUUAGUGGGGAGUGUUUUGCGUGAAACUGAGAGGCAUCUGGUUGUGCGCUUUGACAUUCCAUACCGCUGUUUGCCGCCGGUAAUUUCAAGCCGUCUCGUUAAAAGGUGUUUUGGGGAAGUAAGGGGCGAAGAAGGUGCUUCCGAUAAAAGACGCAAUAAAGUCGUUGAUGAUGAUAGUGGCAAAGUGGAAAAGGAGGAAGGGGGAGAUCGUCUCAUGAGGAAAGAGGGGCAGGACGGUGAGGGGGAUAAAAGCGCCAGUGUCGUGGAUGUCGCCCUACCGCGUUUUGUGCCUGAGACGGAUGGAGUAGGCGGUGGUGGUGUUGGCUGCCCCACUCCAAGGCCUACCCGCUUUGUUGUGGGCAUCGUCCCCGUCUUGGCACUUACACAUGAGACCGUAUUGGGAUCAAAUUCGCGCAGCAACGCGGGAGGGACCCUUUCGGCGAAUGAGGCUAGUGAAAAAUCGCAAUUAAUUGCCACCACGGCAGUGUCUGGUGCUUACUUCAUCAACGAAAACCCAAACGACGUGCUUCAUGUAUCCCUUUCUGUUACGAGGAGUGGCUGCGUAUCGUUGUUGCAGAACCUUCUGGAGCAGCACGAUAAGCUGGAGUGUGUGAGUUUGGCCGUCGCAAAUCGUGACUUUAAGUCGGCUGCAAAUCACAUCAUGGCGGUGAUUGAUGCACGGCAAAAUCUUUCGAAGCAACAAAAAGAGGUGUGCAAAGGCAUUGCAGAAUCACGGCAAUCAUCCCCCACGUGGUUGCAAUCCAAUCCUCAAGCACCGGGCACCGAUGCGAGGCGUCAAACAGAGGAAUUUAUCCCGGAAGAUCGGCGGAGCCGUUUUGUCAUGAUUUUUGAUCAGGAGAAUGAAAGUUUUUCAUGUGGUGGAUUUCAGCCACAUUCAUUAACAACUCCGAAUGAAGAAGAGCGCCGCUGUUUAAGCAAAGAAAACGUGAGUGCUUUUAAUGACAAGGGAAGCAGCAGUAUUGUUCAGUCAAAAACAGAUGUGGUGGAUUUGGAAUCCGCUAGCAUAAACAAAAUGCAUAAACUACAUAUACUAUGGAAUAGCGGUAAAGCAAUAAAGGAACUUGCUCCAUUGUACGCGUUUUUGAGCUUCCUACACUUUCAAGAUGGUCAUUAUGAACAGUGUCUUGAGGAUGCCAUGACGGCUCUUGCACAUGACACGAUAUGUAUAGAGGCGUAUACACGCGUGAUUUCCGGUUUAAUGGCCCUUGGAUUGGAAAAAGAGGCUAUUCUUACUGCGGCGGUGGCUGUAAAGCGUUGUCUUGUUCUCAGUCCCCAAUUUGCACGGCUUUAUCAAUUAGCUCAUGUGCGUUUUUUUUACCAUCGAAGCCUUGGUAACCACAGCAUAGUUGAUGUUUCUCCACGCUUGCGUCACUCUUCGAACCCUGAUUUGGGAUCUGCUAAAGACGGGAGCAACAUUUCAAAGACAAAUCGUCAACCGCGGCGCCCGACGACUGUCCGUGUACCGGGGUUAAGCAACAUUUUGACGUCUCCUUUACCUUUUUACUGUGUUCCGCCACCGUCAUUACGGAAAAUUCUUUCAGGGUCGUCACCACCGAUGGAUUACUUCUUACGCAAUCUACGGGUGCGCGCUGCUCGGGGGUUUGAAAGGGACGAAACUGUUUUCUCUGAGGAGGUUUCUCUACAGGUAUUGUUGUGGAGCUUAUCUGAUUGUGAGUACGAGAACUCAAGUAAACCCUUCUCUGACGAUAAUGCUGACCUUGCUAACCCAUGGAUGUUGUGCCGAUCGCGCUUUUGUGCCUAUUGUGGACACCCCCUCGUGUCGAAGAGCGUGCUGUUGGCGGGAAUCCGUGAAAAGACGAGCAGGGCGAUGGCAGAUCGAGUCCGCUGGAACUUCAGUGAGAAGAAGCCACUGCCUUGUUUGGCGGGGUGUGGAGACCACUAUUGUGAUGAAAUCUGCCGUAACCGCGCGGCGCUGGAGUAUCACUGGAUAGAGUGCGCGUUGUUGCCUGUGGACGAGAGUGAAAGCGAGGAUGAAACACCACCGCGUGACGGUACCAUGACGGGGGAAGUGACAAGGACGCAUGAUUUCUUUUCCCCUGCCGCACCGUGUGGUGGUGACGACACUCAUGCCUCUCUCUUGGAGAUUCUCCCCUAUGCGAAGGUACCGCUCAGGCGUACAGAUGUGCGCAGUUUAGUGAACAUUUGUCGUCGCCUCAACAAUCGGCAAAGCUGUUUGGGCAUCGCGGAUUUGUCCAUUGGGUCGCUUAGAGAGAGUUUAUGGCAGGAAUUUUCAACAUCUUCCGUCAACGAAGCAAUGAUGGAGCGCGAAAGGUUGUACUUGAGCUCAAUUCAGGCCUGUUGUUCUGUAAUUCCAGAAAUUCGUGCCGUCUUUGGCUCAUAUUACGCAUCAGUGGGGACCGCCAUUUUGGAGAAGGCUCCAAAUGCUAUUACAGCACCACUACUAGUUAUGGGCCGUCUUCUGGCGAGCGUUCUCUACCUUAUCAUGCCCACAGCGGCAACGAAGAAUGAUAUCUUUUCUCGACCAAAAAACCAUUUUAUUGGGUUGGAGCACAGGUGCCGUGAAAGAUCAGAUGCCGUCAAGAAGAUUGUGGCACGUUACGCAUCAAGGGGGUUUACCAGUGGCGGCGCAUCCCCAUCAGACCGACACGAUAUUCACGGGCUUUGCUUGGCAGAGGAAGUGCUGCAGCAAAUUCGAGUGCCGUUUUUUGCUGACACAAACCUUCUUCAACCGAGCACCGUAUGGGAACUACUGAGCGAACCCCCUGCAGUAAAAAGUACUGCAAACAACGACGAUGCCUCCAGUGGGGCGGCAGCGACAACGCAAAGCAUUCGCCGUGGUUUUGAUCGCGCCGUGGAGCUUUUGCGUGCAAUUAAUGACAUUGUUCAGUCUAGACUACGCGAUGAGGUGGUGGCGUUCAGUUUGUCCAAGGCAUCCGAUCCCCUCCAGUGGCUCUCUCCGGAAUCCGUGAGCGCGGGUGGCGAUAGUCGAUUGUCGAAGAGUCAAUCGGAUGAUGCCACGCUGGCGUCGCGCGGCAGUGAUCAAAGCUUCGCGGGCAGUCUACCGUUUCUCACGGAUGUAGGGUCCCUGGCGGUCUGGUUGGUUGAAGAACACAGCAAAGUCGGGUUCCAUAUGGCGAAACGUCCUUCUAUUUGGACCUUUGGUCGAUUAUUGGGGUUUCUCGGAAAGCGACGUUUCAUGGAGCAGUUUUGGGACUUUUGUGUGUGUAGUUACUGUGUGGUACCCAAAUGUGUGCUCACAGUUGGUGUCGGUGACAGUGUUCCUGAGCAUCUGCAAGAGGGCUGGAAAAAAAUUUGUCGGGAAUACACUGUUUUGGUGGCGGUCAUGGGUCCGUUGACGAGUCUCGUUACAGAUCUAUCUGCAUUUGGAGGGGAUGUAUGCUCUCGCUUUUUUAAGGAUGCUGCACCAAGCGGUCAGCGAAACCCGCUUCACCUGCGAAAAGGGGAUUCCCCCGCGGCGUCAAUGCUUUCCAUAAACUCACUUACGCAUGAGUCGGAAGAACCACAUUCACGGGCAACGCCACAGAGUAUGGGUGGGGGUGAAAAUAAGGCGUCACCACAGGCGGAUGCCAUUUUUUCGGCAGCGAUGCCCCUGGGGAAUUUGGAAUUGUGCUCUAAAACCUCCUUCGAUCGUUCGGGAGAGCGUCGCGUGACAAUGAAGGCGCAACGUCCCAUUACUCCCGGUGAAGAACUGUGCUACGAGGGCAGCUGA